AUGAAGUUUCCCAACAAGGCAGUCAGGCCCCCCUCGCCAUCCGACUUUUUGGACAAACUGAUGGGACGGACUUCGGGCUAUGACGCUCGUAUCAGACCCAACUUUAAAGGUCCACCUGUGAAUGUGACCUGCAACAUCUUCAUUAACAGCUUUGGAUCCAUCACUGAAACGACCAUGGAUUACCGGCUCAAUGUGUUUUUGAGACAACAAUGGAAUGACCCCCGACUGGCGUAUAAGGAGUAUCCUGAUGACUCGCUGGAUUUGGACCCCUCUAUGUUGGAUUCAAUAUGGAAGCCUGACCUGUUUUUUGCCAAUGAAAAGGGAGCAAACUUUCAUGAAGUUACCACAGACAACAAAUUGCUACGGAUAUUCCAGAAUGGCAAUGUCCUCUACAGCAUCAGGCUCACACUCAUCUUGUCUUGCCCCAUGGAUCUGAAAAAUUUCCCCAUGGACAGUCAGACAUGUACCAUGCAGCUUGAAAGUUUUGGCUACACCAUGAAUGACCUUAUUUUUGAAUGGCUGGAUGUGGGUGCUGUGCAGGUAGCGGAUGAUCUGAUGCUACCUCAGUUUGUGUUGAAAGAGGAGAAAGGCCUUGGCUACUGCACGAAGCAUUACAACACAGGUAAAUUCACCUGUAUUGAGGUAAAAUUCUAUCUGGAGCGUCAGAUGGGCUACUACCUAAUCCAAAUGUACAUACCUAGCCUACUCACUGUCAUCUUGUCUUGGGUCUCAUUCUGGAUCAACAUGGAUGCUGCACCUGCGAGGGUGGGCCUUGGGAUUACUACAGUGCUCACCAUGACAACCCAAAGCUCUGGUUCAAGGGCCUCCUUGCCAAAGGUGUCCUAUGUGAAAGCCAUAGACAUCUGGAUGGCUGUUUGUCUUCUGUUCGUGUUUGCUGCACUGCUGGAGUACGCAGCGGUUAAUUUCGUUUCACGGCAGCACAAAGAAUUCUUUAGACUGAGGAAGAAGCUGAAAGAGAAGCAGCAAAAAACUCAGGGAAGUGGUGAGAGCAAAUUGAAGGGGAACAACAUGCCCAGCAACAGCACACUUCAUGCCAACACAGCCCAGCAGUGCAGUGUAUGUGCUAGGGAGGAGGAGGAACUGGCACAGCAGGGUUUAUUCUUCCAAAGUUAUGGACUUGCUAUGUCAACGGGAGAUGGACCAGAGAUGGAUGCAACACCAGUCUUCGCCGAUUUGCCUCCUGGUUUAGGUUUCUAUGAAAUCCGCAGGCGUUUUGUUGAUCGUGCAAAGAGGAUUGAUACCAUAUCCCGAGCUGUGUUUCCUUUGAGUUUCCUCAUGUUUAACGUUCUCUAUUGGCUCACCUACAAGGUACUACGACAUGAAGAUGUCCUAGCUAAACUGUGACAGUCCAACAACUGAAGCCAUAUGCAGUAAACACUGGACACCCUUAAUGCUACUGUUUUCAAUGAAACGUUUACAGACUUAGUCCUCAGCUGAGCAAAGGAAGAUCUGUUUUGACUGCAUGUCCAGUGUCAUUAGACAAUUCCAUGAAAGCAAUAUCCAUCAAUUUCUUUUAAAUUUUUUAUAUACUUCAAAGGAAAUGCUGCACUUUUUAUUUGCACUGAUGUUUUAAACCCUGUACUUCACUGUAUGUUCGGAUAGUGCCAUAGGUUUGUGGAUUGCAACACAUUUUUGAUGUUUUGCACUUUAUUGUAUGUACUACUAGGUCUUUAGGUUGUAUGUUGGGAUUUAUCUUGUUUUGGAUGCAGUGAAGGAAAAGAUGCACAAUCUCUGGUAUGCCGUUUCUUCUUCCAGUUUUUUUUGGUGUUUUGGCCCAAAGUACCCAGAGUUGAAGCAGACAUCGGAAGCACUCACAAAACGGUAAUAUGUCAUGAGAUUUAACUUACACAAAACAAAAUGAUAAACUGGUUACAGCUAAGUGUUCCCCCUUAUGUUUGUUUCACAGAUGAGCCAAAUAUUUCAAAUUGUAAUAUUUUGGUUUUUUUUGGUUUUGUUUUUUGUACUUAUUUUUUAGUACAUAUGUACUUGAUAUUUCUGUUUAUGUGCUGCAGACUUCUAAAAGUAAAAGAUAUU